AUGUCGCCGCAGCGCCCCAACUUCAUUGACCUUCGGGCGCCCUCGAGCAUGUCCAAUGUGUCGAGACCUUUGCGAUCCCCAAGACUUCACGUCGCCGGCGAGGCGCCCCCCGAACUAUCCCCUCUCGAUGCAUUCGCCCUACAGAGUCGUCUCCUUGCGAGGCAGCUUCAGGCUGCCGCCAACGGUGAAGGGAAGCGCGUGAGUCGACUGCCGCCUUUGACCACGGAGAGCCCGUUGGUUGUCCAGGGCCGGUCAGAUUAUUUCCGCUCCAUGUACGACUCAGGAUCGGAGGAUGCCGCCCUCCCUGAACUUCAGAACCCCGGGUAUGGAUUGAGAACCGAAGUGGAGGACGCCUUUCCGUCCGAGAAGGACCGACCCGUGUCAGUACAUCCUCGAAUGAGCCGGAUCCCGCCCACGCCCGACGAAUGCAUCCCUUUGCCUUCCCAACCGCUGUCCGAGACGAUGCGUGGACGAGCGUUGGAGUCAACGGCAGAAGGCCAAAACGAUAUGUUCUUUGGUGCCAGAAGGGAACAGUCUCCGACACCCUUGGAACAUUCCUCUAGCGACUCGCAUCUGCAAACUUCGCCCCCUAGAAAAGACCGCUCAUUACCUUUGCAUUCGCCUGUACGAUCGCGAGAGAAUUCGUUGACUGGAUCGCCCGGCAAGCCGUCCAAGGGGCACUCGUUUGAUGGACCAGGGCUGGCACCUCCACGGCCUAACUUUGGUGCGCAAUCCCUGACUUCCAUGUCUUCGCCACUCGAUAACUCGACCGAGGACAUGAGCAACUCGAUUCAGUCCAUGCCCGCACGAAAACUGUCGAGCUGUAGCGCUUAUGCCACGUCAACGACCUCUCCAAGUCUCAACCCUGGCCCCUUUCAACGCUCGCCCUCCGUCUGCUCCGAUGCCUCGUUGCCUCUGCCGCGGCCAUCCUUCAAUUUCUCGAGACCCAUGAGUCGCGCCGGUACUCCUGGGUUAGAAACUCCAACGCGCCAGGCAUCAUCAGACAGCCAGCCGUCUUUCGUUUUUGCGAAUGACGAUUCGGCCAACACUCCUGUUAGUAUUAACAGCGAAGGCUUCCCCGAUUACUUGCCGGACGAUGGUAAGGCCGCUCCGUCAUACAUCUACUCCAAAUACUCCCUUCCUCGAGGCAAGAUUGUUCAAAGAUCAGUUCCUCUGGACACCCACCCUCAGACAUCGAUCCAGUAUGAGCUCCCCAUGACGCUCCCUAGCAACGUUCAAGCCAUCCAGCGUGGAGCGCCCCCUUCGCCCCCGACUAGGCCGUCCAGCUCAGGGGAACCUGAUGACCUCAGCCUGGCCAAGCCGUCAUUUGAUUAUGGGAAGCAGAGCAUGGAUCGCGGCGGCCCCGCACCACAGCCGUCCCCAAACCCCAGUCGUCCUUCCACAGAGAGCCGGGGCUCCGAGGAAGAUCCAAGGGGUCGUACUCGCACUUCCCCAGUUUACGAAGCCGCUGCCCGAGGCCAGACUGCCAUGUCAACGACUACCAGCGACUCUAACAGCACUCUCAAGGCGCCGCGCUCCCUGGCUUCGGGCGCCCCAACAACAUCUGAGAUGACCCCAGAGGAGCACUUGGCCAAAGGCAUUGAGUGCCACGAAAACGGCUCGGUCAAGGAGUCGACCUACCAUCUGCGACAUGCCGCUAAGGGAGGCAACCCUACGGGUAUGCUUCUGUAUGCUCUGGCAUGCAGACAUGGGUGGGGCAUGCGGCCUAACCAACGAGAGGGUGUUGAGUGGCUGAGAAAGGCCGCUGAAUGCGCCAGCCUCGAGAUUGCUGAUGACGAGGACCAUGUCAAGGAAGGCAAGUUUGUCGAUGCCAUGGAGAGAAGAACCCGUAAGGCGCAGUUCGCUCUGAGCAUCUAUGAACUUGGCGUGAGUCAUAUGAAUGGAUGGGGUAUCGAGCAGGACAAGGCUCUUGCUUUGCGAUGCUUCGAGAUCGCCGGAUCUUGGGGUGAUGUUGAUGCACUGGCCGAGGCUGGAUUUUGCUAUGCUCAAGGAGUUGGGUGCAAGAAGAAUCUUAAAAAGGCAGCUGGCUUCUACAGACAGGCCGAAGCCAAAGGGAUGAACAUGGUCGGCAACAGCUGGAUUCAUAAGUCGAAGUACAACGAAGACGACACGAACAAGAAGCCUCGCAGCAAGUCUAGAUCACGGACUAUGUUCGGCAUCAAGACUGGUUAG